UUUACAUGCACAAUCCCACAGACAGAGUAACACAUAACACGACCUUUGGUAUACCAGUCGUGGUGCACUGGGUGGAACGAAAAAUAGCCCAAUGGGCCAUCCGACGGGCGUCGAUCCUAGACCGUUAACGUACCACGCGAACGCUUUACCACUGGGCUACGUCCCGCCGUUCUGCCACUAAGAAGCGGAGUCUAUAUGUCUCUUAAGAGGGGGUGCAAUCCCCCUACCCCCCCCCCCCCCAAAAAAAAAAAAAAAAAAAAAAAAAAAGGACAAGCCGAGUUAGGCUAUCGCAUUGUAACACAUUUCUCAAAAGUCCGUUUUUAUAAUACAGGCUGUGGUUGUAUUACGAAUUCGGACGGGACUGCAUACCUUUACCUGCUCCCUCUCUACCCUCUGGAACCGCCACUGAAUUGUUUUGAGCUACACUAGGUGAAUAACGCCGACAGAUAAGUGAUUAGCGCAGAGUUGCGAUGCUAUGCCGUCCCGGGUUUAUGGGGCUAACGGAAACACAACACACGUGGCCCGCUUGCCGAUUCCAAGACGCGAAUCGAGGGGAGACAAAAGUGUCUUCACAUCUGAUGAAUACUCGGUGAGGUAGCGGUCCCACAUCGGUACACUGGCGAGCGUGUCUGCGUCUGUGUGUGAGUGAGAAAGUGAGCAAGAGAGAGAGAGAGAGUUGUUAACUCGGCACCGCGAGGAGAAAGGCCGACCAACUCGUUGGCAGAUUCCGAAGUCUGGAAAUGGUGUUUGGCGCAGUCCGCCAUUACGGUUUUCGCCGACUGGUGCAGUGUGUUGUAGUAGUGCACCAAAAAGCGGCUCAUCUCCGUCUGAUUCAGGUGUAAGCCUGUGUAUGUGUGUCAAGCAAUAGGUUAAUGCGAGUUCCGGGAUGCUGUUCCGUAUAUGGGUAAGCCAAAACCGGCGCUUACUGAUGACGUAGUACGCACGGCCAUUGGGGAGUUAAGGAAUUGGGAAGACACUCGCUUGUUUCGUGCCAUCUAUCCUAAGAAAAUAUAUGUUUAAAAAAAAAAAUAGAAAAAAAAAUUAUUUCAGGAAUAUUUUUAGUUAGAGAGUAUUAUUUUCGGAAGCAGGUGAGUGUUAGAAUCGGGCGUUGUAGUUAGUAUGGAUGAGCCCGCCUGUGCUACAUGCGCCGACUUCCAGCCACAAGCGUGGAGAAAGUCUCUGUGUAGAAACUGCUUUCAUCAAUUCGAAGAACAUUCGGCAGAGGAACUAGGAGCCAUUGUCGGGGUGGCUAAACCCCCAGCGUCAAAAGCAGCCCCGAAAAGCGACCCCAAAGCUCCCGGUCAGGUUAAAGAUAAAGACAAACAAUCUGUGGAAGAACCGCCGAAAGGCACCAGCGUCACAGACAAGACGACGUCUAGUAAACAAACCACGAAGCAGAUGUCAAUGUCGUCGACUAAAGGUAAAUCAGUAACUGCUACACUUUCGUCCAAAUUCGGUGGAAACGUCGCAAAGAGUAAAGACCAAACAAAAACUGAAUUAGGCAGGUCUUAUGGCAAAGUUUCGAGUAGCAGUACUGUGGCCGGGAAAUCUUCGUCCGAUCAGGGGAAGAAGAUUGACGUAAAGGACCAAACCGACUCAGCGAAGCAGACGACAGACAGUAAGGACGGUAAAGGAACAUUAGGGACAACACAAAAAGCUUUUGGAAUAGGAAAAAAGAUAAAUGGGAGUGAAUCCAAAUUGAAGACGGUCGAAAAGAAGGAAGUGGGGUUCUCGAGUUCAAAAACAGUUUCCGAAUCCAAGAAACAACACGUAGAUGUGAAAGAGAAAUCGCAUUCCACGGACCAGGAUGUAAAGAAGUCAUCGCUAUUUGUCGGAACACGGGCGGCGCCGGCCAGUGAUGUAAGCAAGGUAAAACAUCUUCUCCGGUCGUUUGGUUCCGAUGAGGUAUCCUCUGACGCAGGCGGCGAUCACAAACCAGUUGUGACUGGAACCACUAAAGCAGCCGACAAUAUCGCAACCCAAUCACAUAGUGACGUCACAGCAAAAUGUCAAACUGCAGAUCCAGCCGGGAUAUCGGGGAAAGUUGUUAGCAGCAAAGGUAAGGAGACCCCGGCAGCUACAACAGUGAAAGAGUUUGGAAGAUCGUACCUCCCAGCGCAACCCCCGUCCCCCACGUCCAAGUCGCAGAAACCGGCUGAAAAGGUUCACAAUGGCAGGCAGGCCGAAUCGUCGAAAGCGCCCGCAAGUGGUUUUGGCGCCGGUUUUCGGCAUGUUGAUACAAACACUGAUAACAAGCGGAAGUUUGAGGUUAAAGGUAGUGUAGAUGCUAAAUCGAAAUUCGAGGACAAGAAAAGUGUUAAGGAUAAAAACGAUUCGAAAUUAAAGUCACGUGAUGUUAUUCUCGGUGUUAAAGUGGACAGUCGGGACGUAGCAGUAAGCAAUGAUGUUGCAAAGACAAAAACGGAAGAGGAGAAACACGUUGAUCUCAGGGUUAAAGAGGAAGCUGCUUUGGUUAAAGAAAUCGAGGAUCUGAAACUUAAGGUUAGUGAAUUAUCUGCUCUUAAAUUAAAGGAAAACGAGUUAAAUACAAAAGAACAAAAGCUUAAAGAUUUAGAGAAAAAAGAAAAGGAUCUCAAGGGCAAAGAAAGUGAAAUAUUCGCCAGAGAAGAGAAAUUAAAAGACUUGCUUAAAAAAGAACAGGAAUUGUUAUUAAAUGAGAAAAAACUCCAUUCGAGAGAGGAAGAAUUAAAAUUAAAAGAAAAAGUAUUGAAAGAUUUAAAAACGAAAGAGACUGAUUUAGAAACUAAAGCUAAACGACAAAUAGAUGAACUGAAAUCUAAAGAACAGUCACUUUUAUCUAAAGAAAAAGAAAUAAAAGACUUCAAAGUGAAACAAGAAGAACUGAAAUCUAAAGAACAAACUCUUUUAUCCAAGGAAAAAGACUUAAAAGAACUAAAAGCGAAACAAGAAGAGAUAAAAUCUAAAGAACAAACUCUUUUAUCCAAGGAAAAAGAAUUAAAGGACUUAAAAGCGAAACAAGAAGAACUAAAAGCUAAAGAAAAAGAAAUCAAAGAUUUGAAAUUGAAAGUACAAGAAAUACAGGCCAAGGAAAAGGAAUUACGAGACCUCAAGGCAAAAGAAAGCAUUUCCAAGAGCAAAGAUUUAGAACUGAGACAGAAAGAAAAUGAAUUGGAUAAGUUGAAAAAAAGAUUAGUAGAAAUGGAAGAAAAGAGUCGGAAACUGGACGAAGAAAACGCGGCCUUGAAGAAGGCUGCCCUUCAGCAUAAAAAGGAGGAGACCGAGAAACAGCUGACGGAACUACAGCGACAUUUGGGCCAGAUGGAGGAGAGAUGUUUCAAACUGGAGAGCGACAACAAGAGUCUGCUGGACAAACUCCACGAGCAGGAGACCGAGGUCAGACGGGACUCUCACGGCCACAAGGAGCUGGGCGACCUCGACUCGCACCUGGUGAACUCUGAGAAGGAGUGCCGCGACCUGGAUGGCGAGAACCUCAAGCUGAGGAACGAGAUCAUCCAGCUGCGCGAGGAGAUGGACGAGAUGUACGACACGUUCAGGGAGAACGAGGUGGAGGAGUUCAGGGACCUCCAGAAGGAGAUGGAGUAUACGGCCAAGAACUGCCGCAUCCUCCAGUUCAAGCUGCGGAAAGCCGAGCGCCAGAACGAACAGCUGGACAGCGACCGAAAGCAGUAUGAGGAAAGGCUGCGUCUGCUGCAGAGUCAGUUCGAGUCAGAGGACGCCAGGACGCACAUAGAUAUGCUGGAGAAGGAGCUGGCAAUCGCCAAGGAGGUGUCGGUGAGGCUGCACGACGAGCUGGAUAUGAUGGAGGACAAGCGGGUGAAGUGCGAGGAGGAGAACAGACACCUGACCGACCUGCUCGAGCAGACGGACAAGAAACAGUUUCGAAUGGAGAUGGAGAUAGAUCGCUUGAAAGAUCAGAUAAUUGAUCUACAGAAUGAAAUAAAAUACGGAUCUCUGACACACAAGGACGCGUUAGAGAGGAAGAGGUACCGAGCAUCGACAAACGAUGACGACUAAACCACGUGACCGGUAGCACAUUUCUACGUGACCAGUGUUCUGAACCCACGUGAUCAGUAUUCUGAGUGUGACCUUGGAAGUUGUGAAAUGACUUUCAGUCUUUUAAUCUCUAUUUUUUAAAAUUCAUAUUUUGUCUGCUGCACGUUUGCCUUUUUUUUUUUUUUUUUUUGGUGUCAUCUAAAAAUAUUGUUUGACUGGUUUUCCGAAUGAGCUGGGCAUAGACAGGUUCUUUGAAUGGGAUGAGUAUUAGACUAAAUGUUCCAAAUGAGUUCAUAAUAGACUGGUUUUCUGAAUGAGCUGGGUUAAGACUGGUUCUUUGAAUGGGAUCGUAUGACUAAAUGUUCCGAAUUGGUUAAUAAUAGACUGGUGUUUUCUGAAUGGGAUCAUAAAAGACUGGGCACAGAUUUUCGAAGCUAUAUUUGCACUAAGGUAUCGUAAAACUGUCGUAGUCUAUGGCGUUUGACGUUGUGACGUCAUAGUGUACGGCGGUUUUACGAUAUCGUACUGCUAAGACAGCUUCGGAAAUCUGCAGCCAGGUCCUCUGAAAUGUUUUAAAAAGAAGAGUCCCUAGGCCCAUGGAGUUUAUACAACUUUUAUACAGUCUAAAGACAAAUCUCUAAUGACGUCACACACAUGCAAUUUGUAUGAUGUUGCCAUGACGUUUGGAGUCUCAAGACUAUAUUACAGUAUUGAGUCUAGAAUUUUAACGUUUUACAAGUAUGGUGCCUGGCCUAGUGUUUAUAAAACUUUUUAGAGUCCAGAGUCAAUCUCAAAUGACGUCACAUACAUACAAUGUGUAUGGCGUUGUCAUGACAUUAGUGUCUCAGACUCUAUUAGAGUAUUGAGUCUAGACUAAAUGUUUUAUAAGCGCCAGGUCUUGGUCAAUGCUUAUAAAACGUUUAGAGUCCAGACUCAGUCUCAAAUGCCGUCACACACAUACAAUGUGUAUGGUGAUACCAUGACGUUUGAAGUCUCAAGACUCUAUUACAGUAUUGAGUCUAGACUCUAAACGUUUUACAAGUAAGCGGCAGGCAUUGGUCAAUGCUUGUAAGCGGCAGGCAUUGGUCAAUGCUUAUAAAAUAUUUAGAGUCCAGACUCCAUCUCAAAUGACGUCACACACAUACAAUGUGUAUGGCGUUGUCAUAACAUCAGUGUCUCAGACUCUAUUAGACAGGGUUGGGAAUUAGUGAACUGU